AUGCUGAGGAAGAUCGAAAUCGAGGAUUUUGCCCUCUGCGAAUUGCUUUGCUUGCUGCUUCGCUUCCGUUCCGCAAGAGUUGAUUUAUCUAGUAAGGAGUUCAAGUUUACCCUCAUUGCUAGACGGUCACGGCAUUAUGCAGGCACCAGAUACUUAAAAAGAGGAGUAAACGAGAAGGGUAGAGUAGCAAAUGAUGUUGAGACGGAACAAAUUGUGUCUGAAAAUUCUUCUGAAGGAUGUCCAACGCAAAUAAGUUCUAUUGUACAGAUUCGUGGUUCAAUUCCCCUUUUCUGGUCCCAGGAUUCGUCACCUCUAAUUGUUAGACCUGAUAUUCAACUAUCAAGAAAGGACCAUAAAUACGAGGCGACGAGACUUCAUUUUGAGAAUCUUGUAAACAGAUAUGGAAAUCCAAUAAUUAUUUUGAAUUUGAUUAAGACGCGUGAGAAGAAGCCUAGGGAGACAAUUCUGCGUGCAGAGUUUGCAAAUGCUAUUAGAUUUAUAAAUAGAAGUUUUAAAAAGGAGCACCACAUUCGAUUCUUGCAGUGGGAUUUACAAAAACAUUCUAGAAGCAAAGCAACUAGUGUUUUGGCACAGCUAGAAACGAUAGCUAAAUAUGCAUUAAGCUUAACUGGAAUCUUCUAUUGUCAAGUCGCCCCAAAUUCAAACGUUCCCUGCUUUGAGGAAAAGAGUAGUGUUAACUUCUCUUCAGAGAACCUUUCCAGUCAGAGUGAGAAUGCUGAUAACCAGGAAAUAGAAAUUUGCAAUGGUAGUUGCGUUGUUGAUACUGAUGCUAGUGGAAAUUAUAGUGAAAAAACCUUAAUGUUUCAGAAAGGGGUUCUAAGGACCAACUGUAUUGACUGUUUAGACCGCACAAAUGUUGCGCAAUAUUCCUACGGGCUAGUUGCUCUUGGAAGUCAACUACAUACUUUGGGACUUAUAAACUCUCCAAAAAUUGAUCUCAAUAAUCCUUUGGCCGAUCAACUAAUGAGACUUUAUGAGACCAUGGGUGACAUCCUUGCAUUUCAAUAUGGUGGUUCUGCAGCACACAAUAAGAUAUUUUCUGAAAGAAGAGGCCAAUGGAAGCCAGCAACGCAAUCACAAGAGCUUUUUAGAACUUUUCAACGGUAUUGUAAUAAUACCUACUGGGAUGGUGAAAAACAAAAUGCUAUUAAUGUAUUUCUGGGGCACUUUCAACCUCAACCGGGAAAACCUGCGCUGUGGGAAUUGGGUUCAGACCAGCAUCAUAAUUUUGGGAGGCAUGACUCUAAUUUUGCCAAAAAGUAUGUUAGGUUGUUUAUUAAAAGAUCACUAUCUGAUGGCAAUAUUCAAAGUGACACGCCUAUGGCAAGCAGAGUUGGAUGCAAUCAGCCUUUGUCUGAAAAAGCAGAAGGUCUUUCAGACUCCACGCCGGUGAUUCCAACUUGUGAGAAUGAUUUAUCUUAUUGCAGGUAUUUCCCUUCGAUGUCUCGGAAGCACUUUUUUAGAUUGAUGCAAGAGGAACAGUCUCUUGACCGCAAUCUGAUCUCUUAUGACGAAGAUGAAGAAUGCAACUUAUCAGGUUUUAUGGACUCUGAUUGGCUGUCUACGUCUGGAAAUUCUUGUGAAGAAGAAACAUAUGAAAGGUUUCCUGCCUGCCUUUCAUCAGAAAAUGUUGAGGAUGGACUAAAAAUUGAACUUACUAAACCUGCAAGUAAAACUGGCUCCAGUGUACAGGAAACGGAGCAACCCGAGCUCAGUCGCGACGGCGACUUUGCUGAAUUUUCUGAGAGCUUUGUAAACUGGGUAUGUGAAGGAGGUUUGCUGUUUCGUUAAAAUAACUAAGGCCUCGUUCAUUUCGCGGAUUCGAGUUUUUAAUUCGAGCUGAGAUGUG